AUGUCCGACACUGAGAGUGUCGACUACCUGCAGCCGGACUUCGAUCCAAAGUCGUUGACGGUGCCGCGACUGCGGUCAAUUCUGGUCACUUAUAAUGUUCAAUAUCCAUCGACCGCAAAGAAGUCAGACCUGAUCGAGCUCUUUGUCGAUCAGGUGCUUCCGCAGUCCAAGAAGAUUCUUGCUGCGCGCGCUCGUGUCAAGCGGAUGAGCCGCGGUAUUGUCGACGCUGAUUCCGAACACACGAGCAGCACUGAUUUCGGCAACGACUACGAGGACCUGCCACCACCUCCGGCCUCGGUGUCGCGUCGGUCAAGGUCGCCAAGGAAGCCUACGAGGAUCAAGCGCGAGUCGGAAGACCCAGAGCACCUUCCUGUGGUGACGCCUGCGCGAAACCGGGCCAGCAGCCCUCGGAAGAGGACAUCGCGCUCCGUCAGCGCGCAACCACCAUCGUUUUCCGACGCCGAGACUGCCGCCGAGCCUGAGCCACCUCGGACCAUUACCCGCGAAACUCCUUUCAAGACACCCAAGGCAGAGCCGGAUCAGCGCGAUAACUUUUUCAAGCGUACGCCAGAGACAGAGAGCGUGUUCAGCAGUGAUAACCCGUUCCAGAGUGGGGCGAACACUCCCGCAACAGCGAUCAAGACGCCCUCGCAUCGUCGCAAGACGUCAGGGUUUGACUCUGUGAGGAGACAGCAAUUCGUCACGCCUUCGACCUCUCGCCGUCAGACGGACGGCCCCGUGUUUGGGGGCACUCCCGCACCAUCUACAAUCAGCCGAACGUUUGAGAUCCCUGCUGCCAACUACAGGGCUCAGACACCAGAGAUGGAAGCUGGGGAGGAGUUCACUCCUGAUGAACAGUUGGCUCUCAUGCAGGAGGAGGCUGCCAAUCCUCAGCUCGCUCUUGCUCGGCAGCCGCCUCCUCUCAAGAAGAAGUCGAGCUUGUCGACACCAUUCUGGGUUCUAUUUACGACACUCCUUGUCGCCUAUGCUGCUUGGUACAGGCAAGAGAAGGUUGCGGUGGGAUACUGUGGCUUGGGCCGGGAGCCUACCGAACUUAUUCCGUCGACUAUUCGGAUCCCAGAGUGGGCGUCAGAGGUUGCCUCCCGUUUCGAUAUCGAGGAUAUUCAGGUUCCUGAGUGGGUCUUCACCUAUAUUGAAGCCCAAUGCGAGCCUUGCCCUCCACACGCCUACUGCUACGAGGACUUCACUGCUCGCUGUGAGCCCGACUUUCUCCUGAAGCCUCAUCCGCUUUCCCUCGGCGGAGUCAUCCCACUGCCUCCCACUUGUGAGCCAGAUGGAGAGAAGGUUCGCCGUGUUCAGGCUGUUGCAGACAAGGCUGUCGAGGAGCUGCGGGAUCGAAGGGCCAAGUACGAGUGCGGUGAACCUCUCGAGCCAGAGGGGCAGCCAUUGGACAGCCCGUCGAUCGACGAAGCGGAGCUUAAACAAAUUCUUAGCCAAAAGCGGAGCAAGAGAAUGGCCGCUGAUGAGUUUGACGACCUUUGGAUUGCCGCGAUUGGAGAGGUCAAGUCUCGGGGUGAAGUGGAAGUCCACAGCGAUGAAAAUGUAACCGGAAGUGCCGGAGGCUUUCCUACCACCAGCCUAUCGUCCACCUCUCUCGCUGGCCUUCCGCUCACGUGCGCCAUCCAGCGGUCGGCGAAGCUCGGACUGGCAAGACAUCGACUCUCUAUUGGUGGACUAAUCAUGUCGCUACUGUCGAUUCUUUAUGGGCGUCGCCGCUUCCAGAAGAACCGCGCUCUGGCAGCGCGGGUGCCGGCCCUGGUUGACGUUGUCCUUGAUCGCCUCGCCAAUCAGAAGGAACUCGCUUUUGAGGAUGAGAAGGAGGACGCCUUCCUUUUCUUGCCAAACCUUAGGGACGAUCUGCUUCGCUCGAUGCACAGCCUGGCUGACCGGGAGCGCCUGUGGACUCGGGUUCGUGCUCUGGUUGAGCAAAACGCCAAUGUUCGGACCGGGCAGAGGGAGAGUCACAAUGGUGAAGUCGGUCGUGCCUGGGAGUGGAUUGGGCCAAGCAGGAUCGCCAACGGUGAGGGUUCGGCGAGGAGGUCGGGAAGAAAAAGCAUGAGAGUGUCGUGGGGUCCUGGCGUAAAGGAUGAGGAUGAGCAAGAGGUUGUGCCGCACAGGAACUGGGAGGAGGGACCGGGAAGGCCGAUCUACUGA